AGACGACGCAUAUCAGCGCCAGCGUGCGCACUUGGACGUGCCUCCUGCGUGCUUUUCCAUUUCGUUCCUGUUGCCAUUUCAUUUCGUUCGUUCGGGGCCGCAAAAUAACAGUGAACAGCUACUAACAAUAACAACGCUGCAGAUUGAUAUAGGGAGGGAGAGUGAGUGCGCCGCGCCUAUCUGCAGGCAAUGAUUCCUGUUGUUUACUUUGAUUGAGAUCCACAUUAUUCGAGAGCGGAGCGGGAGGGAAAUAAACAUCAUUGCAGACCGAAAACCAGCCAAAAACAUAUCACCCGAUUAUAAUGUGACAAGAUGGACUUCCAGAACUGCAAUAACACGGCCAAUAAGUUCGUCUGUCCCAGCGACAGGCAGCUGGCCCUGCGUGCCAAGUUGAGAGCCGGCUGGAGCAGUUCAAAGACCAGUGAACCCUUGCGUCCCGAGGAGCAGGAGGCAAUCAUAUCCGUGAUACGGCGCAAUGAGGAGAUCGAGAUUGCCGAACGGCAGCGGGUCGGCCGUCUGGUGGAGCGUGUCGAAAAGAUCAAGCAGCAUGCUGUCGAACGGGGCCCCAACUGUUGUCGCCUCUGCGGCGACACCUUUGGGCUGCUGCGGCCACAUCGUAUCAUCUGUGAGGACUGCCGCCAGUCCGUUUGCACCAAGUGCAGCGUGGACAUCAAUAUCCGGUAUCACACCAGCGAGCGGACCCGGGAGAUUUGGCUCUGUCGCAUCUGCUCGGAGACGCGUGAGAUGUGGAAGAAAUCGGGGGCCUGGUUCUUCAAGGGCCUGCCCCGGUACGAAACACCGCGCAGUGCCAGCGCCACGCCUACCCCCACACCAGGAGGGAUGGCAUCCAUGGCAGGAGACACGCGAGCUGUGCACAGCUGCCACGUAACGCCGACGCGGCCGGCACGGGUCAAGAAGCUGACGAUAAGGGUCAACGACAGCAGUUCCAGCAGCGGUAUCUCCGAGCCGGAGGAUGAGCUGGACGGUGCAGGUGGAGGUGCCAAGGGCACGGCCGUGGACAGGCUGCAGAGAGAGAACAGCUUCCGGCUGCGGGCAUAUGGCUCCAUACGGAGUUUCAUCGACGGUGGUGAGCGAAAGCUGUCGAACUCCUUCUUCUUCGGCCGGCAGCAGAGCCACCGGCCGUCAGAGUGCACCGACUACGACAGCAUCAGCCUUUUAAACGGCUCGGCGGUGGCCCAGCUGCGCCGUGAGAGCAGCUCCCUGCGCCGCAAUUCGGUCAGCUCCUCCUGGUCCAUCAGCGAAAGCUCUGGCUCCGGUAAUUCCGGCACCCAAUCCCAAUACACCCAAUCCCAGCAACAGCAUUGUCGGGAUCCGCUGCUCGGCUGGCUGGAGAUAGCCAUCAACUAUAGGGAGAACUUCCAUAGCCUCGACUGCAUAAUGGUGCGGGCACGGGACCUGCCCGCCAUGGAUGCCUCUGGACUGACCGAUCCUUACUGCAAGCUGAACAUAAUUACGCCCGAGGCGCUCACCAAAUACACGCGCUGGCAGCGCACCAAGACCGUGCACAAGACACGCAAUCCAGAGUUUAACGAAACCCUCCAGUUUGUCGGCGUAGAGCCAGAGGAGCUGGGCAACUCCCUGCUGUAUGUGGCCCUCUUCGAUGACGAUAAGUACGGGCACGAUUUCCUGGGUGCGGCCAAGGUCUGCCUCUCUACGGUGCACAGCACAUCACAGUACAGGGUCUCGGUGCCACUGGGCGUGGAGGAUCAGUACAGCAACGCGGCGGAAACGGCCCAGGAGUGGCCCAAUGGAAAAAUUCUGAUCUCCCUGUGCUACAAUACCAAGCGGCGGGUGCUGGUCGUGAAUGUGAAGCAGUGUACCGAUCUGAUGGCCAUGGAUAACAACGGUAGCUCUGAUCCCUUUGUCAAGCUUCAGCUCAAACCGGAUGCACACAAGAACAAAAAGCACAAGACGAGCGUCAAGUGGCGGACUCUGAACCCGAUCUACAACGAGGAGUUCUGCUUUGAGGCGAGUCCCCACGAUCUCAAUAAGGAGAUGCUCAUUGUGACCGUGUGGGACAAGGAUCUGGGCAAGAGCAACGACUUCCUGGGCAGCCUACAGCUGGGGGCCCAGAGCAAGGGCGAACGCCUCCAGCAAUGGCACGACUGCAUCCGAUUACCGGACCACUUUCAUGAGAAGUGGCAUUGCCUGGCCCCUGACAAUCCCGCCCACUAGCUCCAAACAUACACAUAAAUACUAGUCAUAUAUAUAACAUAUAUAUUAUAUAAACAAUACAUGCAUAUAUAUAUGUAUAUAUUUUUGAUAUGCCCGCCUGAGUGUUUGUGUCAGACAGAGAGAGAGAGGAAUAGAAAGAGAGAGUGCUCUUGUGUAUCUGCUUUCCGAAAUCUCGUAUAUAACCUCAAUUUUUCUAUAUCUGUUAUAAAUACUUUCGGCUCUUAUCGGCAUUUUUGUAUACAUACUAGCUUUGUUUAAGUGUCCUUAUCAAGGGUUAACCAACAUCAAAAUCAUUUCGAUUUAUUGCUAAAUUCAAUUUAUAAUCAAAAUUAAUUAUUUAUGUACUUAAAUACAUAUAUCGAAAUAAAUAUAGGGAUAAAGUUGAAAUUCUUGCAUCCAUCAGGAACUAAUGGUGCUCAGUUCAAACUUCUUCUUCCGUUCAGAU